CACGCUGCGCUUUGCACUAGGCCAGCUAGCUCGGCUAACAUUUACCUCAGGUCAAGUUCACCUAGGUAACAUGUAAAAUAUUACUUAUUUAACUCUAGGGUUAGCGCUGUUUAAAGGUACGCUGUUAAAGUUAGCCUGGGGGCUGAAUUAAGUAUCCACGCAAGUCAUUACUGGACUUCUUAUGUAAAGAGAGAGAGAAAGAGAGGAAGGAAGGAAGAAAGGAAGGAAAGAAAGAAAGAAGUGACCCAAAAAUGAACUGCUGAUUUAGAGUCCUGACAAAUGACAGAUGGAUAAAACACAUAAAUUGCUGCUGGGGAUUUUUACAGUUGCCCUAUGCAAAUAUUCUUUGGCUGAAUGGAAUACUACGAGGGACACAGCAAACAAAACUGUGUCCUGCGGUCCCCAUGACAACAGCAGCAACUGCACAGAUGUAAAGGAUGACCACCAAUGGAGUGGACAUUUCUCUGAGUGUCCUGAUAAAUACAUAAAUUAUUGUGUCCAUGGCAGCUGUCGUUUUGUGCAGGAACAGAACACACCCACCUGCAGGUGUGAGACUGGAUACAUCGGUGCUAGAUGUGAAUAUUAUGAUAUGGGCUGGCUGGUGGGCGAACAGAGGGAAAUAGUCAUCAUUAGUAUUGUAUCUGGAUUGGUCAUUUUCCUUCUCAUCAUUGUCUUUAUAUGCGUCUGCACACACAGAAGGCUGUAUGGAAAAAAGAGAGGAAAACAGAAGAAAAGGGAUGAAAGAGAGAGGCUGAACACACUAAACACAAGUGACGCUUCACCUGCCGUCGGAGAUGUGUCUGACACAAACACAGUAUAAGAGCUGAAAAUCCAGUCUACAGGGAGUUCUCCUGCUGGACAGGAAGACAUCCUGCCUAAUAAGUGAACCUGAAGACUAUUAAAUGGAUCUAAGCAUGUGCACCAACUCCAGGUUUUACUUUCCAGUAUACUUCAGCUGCAGUCAGGAAUGAUUGCAGAGGCAGGAUGAUAAUCAGCAAAAGACUAGGCGAUAUGUACUUUUUCCAAGCUGUAACACCAGCAGCAGUAUGUUUUGAACGUCAUGGGCAUAGCAUCAAGAAUCUCUGUCCACUGUUCCACAAGCCAGAUUUACAGAUGACUAGAGCUGUCAACAUGGAAUGGAUCUGUUUUUCUGUAGAGCCCCAAUGACAAUUUAAUAGCUGGUUAUAUUACACAAGAGGAUAAUUUUGUAUAAGAAAGGUUAAUGGUUUGCGAUUAAAAAGAAAGAUGUGUAAAUAUAAAAGUAAAAAAAAUAAAAAUAAAAUAAAGAUUAUUAAGCCAAAUUAAAGACCUUUUUACUCAUUAAACUGCCUUUAAAUUUAAAUGGUCUUCAUCUGGCAGAUUCCUUUACUUAUUUAGAAAUACUGGGUAAAGCACUGGGUGGUUUUUUUUGUUUGUUUGUUUGUUUUUUGUUUUUGUUUUUAAAUAUGUCAUUGCAGUGUAAGGAAAAAUCGCUAAACUCUUUGGCGGCAAUGUGCAAUGAGAUUAUGAACGCAUCAUUCAAAGGCAGUUAUUGUACCUCAGAAUUAAGAAAUCAAGACGGGCAUUCAAGUCGAACAGAAUAACAGAACAUAGUUAUCCAUCCAACCAUCUUGGCAAGGAUGGUCAUUUAUGGACUUAUUUAAAAUGAUGGAGUCUCAUCAUCUUACUGUGCUUGAAGACUUCUGUAAAUGGUCAAUUUUACUGUAUGCAAACAUUCACAAGAAAUUUAAUUCCUGUUCGACUUAAUUGCCUCUUCAUGGUUAUUGCAAUGUUUAAUGUCAAAGAAUAUAAAUAUUUUUAACAAAUACAUUGAUCUAUUUAUUGCUUGAAAUGAUAUAUAUAUAAACUGUAUUCUGCUAAUGUAGUGUUAUUUGCUGUUGUUUUACAUAGGUUUAAAGUUCCAGUAAAGUUUUAGUGUAAAAAGAUUAAGCAUUUGGUGCUGCUUGUUUGCAUUGACUUGUAUUACUUGUUUUCUUUCACACCACCAAGUAUCAGCAGCAGAAGUGAUAUGGUUGUUUUAAAUCCUGCUAUUGUUGGAGAGAAAAAGAAAAGAGUUUGAGGUUUGCAGAUGCCACACCCAUUUAGAAACUAGCUUUGGUAUGUAGUUUCCUUUUUAGUGAGGUGCAUUAACCUGUCUCGUAUCUGUUAUCUUGGUUAAAAUAUGCUCUCAUCUUUGUGAGUGGUAACAGUUAAACGUCAUAAAC